UUGAGGUGUCAGGUUUCAAUCCUCCCAGGGCCACUGGACGUCGCGGCGUGCCCGGUGCGGCGGCCGCCUCCGCCUCCAAGCCUAGACUUAGGCAGCGAGCGAAGGCUCACUUCAGACGCGCGGCCGCGCACUCGGCCUGCCGCAGACCGAGGCUGGGCCCCGCGGCGGAGGCUGCUUCGGCGCUGCGCUAGCUGCGUGCUCUGGGAGGCGGCGAUCGCGGCUGGGCCGGGACUUACUUCCUCCACCGCAGGACAACAAAACAAGCCAGCUGCAGGCACCGGGCUCUUGGCAACGGUCUGGGCCGGAGGCGCAGCGAUGGGCUCCGUGCUGAGCAGCGAUAGCGGAAAAUCCGCGCCCGCCUCGGCCACCCCGCGGGCCCUGGAGCGCAGGGGGGACCCCGAGCUGCCCGUCACGUCCUUCGACUGCUCCGUCUGCCUCGAGGUGUUGCACCACCCCUUCCGGACCCGCUGUGGCCACGUAUUCUGCCGUUCUUGCAUCGCUACCAGUCUCAAGAAUAAUAAGUGGACCUGUCCUUACUGCCGGGCGUAUCUUCCUUCUGAAGGAGUUCCAGCAACUGAUGUAGCCAAGAAAAUGAAAUCUGAGUUCCAGAAGUGCACCGAGUGUGACACCCUGGUUUGCCUCAGUGAAAUGAGGGCACACAUAAGAACAUGUCAGAAGUACAUAGAUAAGUAUGGACCACUACAAGAACUUGGAGAGACAGCAACAAGGUGUGUAUGUCCAUUUUGUCAGAAGGAAUUGGAUGAAGACAGCUUGCUGGAUCAUUGCCUUACUCAUCACAGAUCAGAAAGGAGACCUGUGUUCUGUCCACUUUGCCGUUUAGUACCUAAUGAGAAUCCAAGCAGCUUCAAUGGCAGCUUAAUAAGACAUUUGCAAGUCAGUCACACUUUGUUUUAUGAUGAUUUCAUAGAUUUUAAUAUAAUUGAGGAAGCUCUUAUUCAAAGGGUUUUAGACCGGUCACUUCUGGAAUAUGUGAAUCACUCGAACACCACAUAAUUGUAUUAAAAGAAAAGGGAAGGAGAUCGUACAAUUGCACCAUUAUUUUCAAGAUGCUGCUUGAAGAAUUGGAGGGAAACUGUCAGUGUUUGAUGGGCAAAAAAGUGUACAACACAGUUAUAUGUUUGUCCAUGUUUAUUGUUAUAUUGCAUUUUAAAACUGCCUUCAUUUUGGUGGUUUCGGUCUCUUUUACAUUCUUGAGUUUCUCAGACACUUAACAGCAAAAAAAGUCUCCGUCAGCCCUUAAUAUAUAGAAGAGAACAUAAGGCUGAGUAUGUGGGUGAAGGAUCUUUAUUUGCAAAUCGGAUGACAUUGUGUGUAAUGCUACAUAUUGAUAACUUCCCUCAUGGUUGGUCAAAAUAACUAAUCUUUGUUCUAUGGAGAGUGAAACAAAGUGUGGUCAUUCAAGGAAAUGUGAAAUCUCUUCUAGAGUUCACGUUCUAAUCACUAAUAGAAUAAAAGGAAUAACCUUGUAUGGAGUAGGAAAGGAAAAUUUUGGCUGUUGACAACAUCCAUUUAACCAAAUUGUAUAACAUAAUACUGUAAUAAAAUAAAUUUCAUGUUAGGAAUGUAUACUUAAUGCUUUGACUUUUUAUAACUAUGCACACAUAAGAAUUUAAUAUUAUAUUUUUCAAAUAUUUGUAGCAUAUUAUUUAGAAAUAUUUCUAUAAUACAGGCAACUUCUUAAGAACCAUCAGCUGAUAUUUACAGUAGAAGUAUUCACAUCCAUAAUUUUUAGUGGAAAAUCCUAAGGACUUUGAUUUUUUUUAAAAUUUUAUCUUUUAGGAAAAUUAUAAAAUAAACAGAAAUACUGAAAACCAAACAGAAAAUGUAAAGCUUAUUACAUUCUCAUAAGGAAACAUUCUUUUAGAACUCUGCCAGUCACCUUGGAUGUCUUCUAUGUGUCCUGUCACAGUUAACAAACCUCUUCCUCAACCCCACAAAAGUAAGCACUACAUU